AUGAAGAACCUUCUGCUGUCUUUUUCCAACCGUGCCGAGGUGACGGGGCUUCGAAUCCAGACUUCGUUUAUUUGAAUCAAGGAUCGUCCAAAUACCCAUUCUUUUACGUGUAUGAUUAUAUGUUCCGGGAUCUGAAGAUAUCCCUCCCUUUUGACGAUUACUUCAUGAGUAUACUUCGACUUCUUAAUGUGGCGCCGAGCCAACUUCACCCGAACACCUGGGCCGCUAUGCAAGGGUUUAGGCAUUUGUGUCUAGCCCUCGGUCUCCAACCCACUCCACAUCUAUUCCUGCACUUCUAUACGUCUCGGCCGACGAAAAAGGCUAAGUGGCUGUCGUUGAUUCGUCACAAUGAUUGCUUGCUGCAACCUUUUACCACCUCGUACAAAAAAUUUAAAGUGGGAUUUAUGAAGGUGAUGAUUCGGCCAGAACCAGGAAAAAAGUAUUUCUUUGAUGCCGAAGGGAAUCCCCUAUUUCCCUUGUAUUGGACCCGGAAGCCGCGCAAGUACGACACGGUUUCCAAAUCACGCAUGUCCCCGGAGGAGAGAAUGAGUCUAAGUUUUUUAGACAAACUACCUCGGCCUCUACCAUGUCGUCCUCUGAUCCGGUUGUUUGAAUCGGCCGAUGUAGUCGAGGAACUAAUUGGUAUAAUGGCUGCCCAUGGAGAUGACGAUCUAGACAUCCGUAACCUGAUCCGGAAUCAAUUGGCGGCGACUAUUGGAAACAAGACUUCAGCCCCGAUGGGUGGGAAUCAAGCUACCGUCCAAGCUGGUGGGGUAGGGUCUUCGGCUCGGAAAAAGAAACCCACUCGGCCCCAACCUGAAAAAAGAAGGCCGGAUGCAAGGGCCGAGGAAGAAAGUCGCCGGGCCAAACAACGCCGAGUGGCUAGCCCCCCUGUUCCAGAAGGUCUAUCUUCGCCAAGUUUUUUGGCCGGGAACGUCAACGCUCAGGAUUUCCUGAGUCAAGACUUAACUUCUGAAGCCGGCCAAGGGAUGCUGAGUCGCAUGAGCUCGGCUCAAAAAUGGAGCUUCUUCUGCGAGUUCCAAGUGCGGGCCGUGGCAAUGGCCCAAAGCAUAGUUAUGCAGCCGAACGGCGAGGCUGAUGGGCUGCGCCGGCAGCUUGCUGAGCAGGAGAAGUAUCUUCAAGAGACGUUGGCGGCUUUAACAGACGCUCAAACAUCCAACAGCAAGUACCAGGCUGAAAUGGAUCGCAGAGGGCGGGUUGCCGACGACUUGGCCUUGAAGGUUCAGCGUCUCGAACUUGCUUUGAAGACCGAGACCGACAAGGUUACUGCUCUAGGGAAGGGGUUGGAUGCUGAGAAGACCGCUUUCGAGGCCUAUAAGGAGAAAGCGCGUGCCAAGGUCCUUAGCCAGCAUCAGGCCGGCUUUGCCCAAGCGGCUCG